GCCCCUUCCCGGAGCGACAUUCAAACUCGCGCCCGCGUUGCGGCGGCACCUGGGUGGCUUCGCGCGCCGUGCGUUCUGGAUCCAGCCGGGCGGCCGCUGCUCGGAUUCCAGAGGUUUGCCCUUUGUCUGUCCCGCCCAGAACCUCCCCGGAGCGCCCCCACCAGGCAGCAAUGCCAGAAUGCCCGUCUCUGCCUCGCUCCACCAAGAUGGCAGCCAGGAGCGGCCGGUGAGCCUGACCUCCACCACCUCCUCGUCGGGCUCCUCCCGUGACAGCCGCGGGACCAUGGAGGAGCCCAGCGGCUCCGAGGCUUCGGCCGAGAACGGGGCGGGCUCCCCGCGCGGCCGGCGUCUCCCCAACAGCAACAACUCCAGCAGCUGGCGGAGCAUGAGGGGGCCCCUGUCCCCUUUCAACAGCCGGGCGUCGGUGGCGCCUGCGCACAAGCUCAGCUACGUGGGUCGAGUAGUGCGGGAAAUCGUGGAAACGGAGCGCACGUACGUGCAGGACCUGCGCAGCAUCGUGGAGGACUACCUCUUGAGGAUCAUUGACACGCCUGGGCUGCUGAACCCGGAGCAAGUCAGUGCCCUCUUUGGGAACAUAGAAAGCAUCUACGCACUGAACAGCCAGCUACUCAGAGACCUGGACAGCUGCAAUAGUGACCCGGUGGCUGUGGCCAGCUGCUUUGUGGAAAGGAGCCAAGAGUUUGAUAUCUACACCCAGUAUUGCAACAACUACCCCAACUCAGUGGCCGCCCUGACUGAGUGCAUGCAGGACAAGCAGCAGGCCAAGUUCUUUCGGGACCGGCAGGAGCUGCUGCAGCACUCACUGCCCUUGGGCUCCUACCUCCUAAAGCCAGUCCAGCGCAUCCUCAAGUACCACCUGCUACUCCAGGAAAUCGCCAAACAUUUUGAUGAAGAAGAGGACGGCUUUGAGGUGGUAGAGGACGCCAUUGACACCAUGACUUGUGUGGCCUGGUACAUCAACGACAUGAAGAGGAGACAUGAGCACGCAGUCCGGCUCCAGGAGAUUCAGUCUCUGCUCAUCAACUGGAAGGGGCCAGACCUGACCACCUAUGGGGAGCUCGUCCUGGAGGGCACAUUCCGCGUGCACCGUGUGCGCAGCGAGAAGACCUUUUUCCUCUUUGACAAAGCACUGCUCAUCACCAAGAAGCGGGGAGAUCACUUUGUCUACAAGGGUCACAUCCCGUGCUCCUCCCUGAUGCUGAUUGAGAGCACCAGAGAAUCCCCGUGCUUCACCGUCACACACUACAAGCACAGCAAGCAGCAGUACAACAUCCAGGCCAAAACGGUGGAGGAGAAACGGAGCUGGACUCACCACAUCAAGAGGCUCAUCCUGGAGAACCACCAUACCACCAUCCCCCAGAAGGCCAAAGAAGCCAUCUUGGAAAUGGAUUCCUAUUAUCCCAAUCGGUACCGCCAUAGCCCAGAGCGCCUGAAGAAGGCCUCCCAGGAUGAGGUGUCCAGCGAUGUGCACCAGGGGCGCCGGCAGUCUGAGCCUGGUCAGCUCCUGUACAACUGGGCAACACUCCCCAGCAGGCAGCGAGGCUUCACGGUGCCAGGCCUUAAGGGCCAUAGAAAGUCGGAGCCAUCCAGACAUCUGCUCAGGCAACUCAGCGAGAAAGCCAGAGCAGCAGGGAUGAAGGGGAAGGGGCGCAGGGAGCCCGAAGACCCCAAGAGCUGCAGAAGGCCCAGCAGCCAAUCUCCAACCACCGCUGAGAAGUGCCUGAGCUUUGAGUCUGUGUCUUCCCUGCCGGAGGUUGAGCCAGACCCUGAGUCUGGGACAGAGCAGGAGGUGUUGGCUGCCGUGGAAGGUCCCAGGACCGAGGAGAUGCCCUCAGACACAGAGGCUCCAGAAGUCCUAGAAAUGCAGCUUGACACCCACCAGCUGCUGCUGGGACUGGACCCCCCGGGUGACAUGGUGGACUUCAUGGUGGCCGAGAGUACCGAGGACCCUAAGGUCCUGAGCAGUGAGGACGAGGAGGAAGAGAUGGGGGCCGCCCACGAGCCCGAGAGCCUCCUGCCUCCCUCUGUGCUGGACCAGGCCAGCGUCAUUGCCGAGCGGUUCGUCAGCAGCUUCUCUCGGCGGAGCAGCCUGGCACUGGAGGACGGCAAGUCCAGCGGCUUCGGGACCCCGAGGCUGACCAGCCGGAGCAGCAGUGUGAUCAGCCUAGAGGACAGUGAGAAGGGCCUGGCCCCCCGUGGGAGCACCACAGACUCCCUGGGCUCUCAGCUCCCUCCAGAAGCGGACAUCAGUAUGGGGGUGGCCGCAGAGAGUGACCCUUCUGUCAACGGGACAGAGCCCCAGAGCCCAGGCUGCCCAGCGGAGCCAGACAGGCCUUCCUGCACGAAGGAAUCGAAGCUUUCUUCCCGAGACCGGCUGUUGUUGGACAAAAUCAAGAGCUACUAUGAAAGUGCAGAGCACCACGAUGCAGGCUUUAGUGUCCGGCGCCGGGAGAGCCUCUCCUUCAUCCCCAAAGGACUGGUGAGAAACUCAGUCUCCAGAAUCAACAGCCUUCCCAGGCCAGACCCGGAGCCACUGGCUCCGCUGGGGCAUAAGAGACAGGUGGGCUCGCGGGCAGCCUCAUGGGCCCUCUUUGACUACCCAGGACCAGGCCAGGCUCGUGCUGGGGACCCAGCUCCCAUCACAGAUGCUGAGUUCCGCCCGUCUUCGGAAAUUGUGAAGAUCUGGGAGGAAAUGGCGUCUCCUGAGGGGAGCCCUCGGAAAGGAGCAGGCCAAGGCCAGGCCAAUAGCUUUGACCUGCAUGAGCCCCUCUUCAUCCUGGAGGAGCGUGAGCUGGGGGCCAUCACUGAGGAGUCGGCCGCUGCCUCGCCGGAGAGUGCCUCCCCCACUGAGCCACCCAGCCCGGCCCACCUGGCCCAGGAGCUGAAGGAGCUGGUGAAGGAGCUGAGCAGCGGCGCCCAGGGGGAGCUGGUGAGCCCGCUACACCCCCGCAUCCUGCAGCUCUCCCACGUGAUGGACAGCCACGUGAGCGAGCGAGUCAAGAGCAAGGUCUACCAGCUGGCUCGCCAGUACAGCCUCCGGAUCAAGGGCAAGUCGGUGACAGCCAGGCCACCGCAGCCGUGGGAAAAGGUGGCUGCCACCACCCCACACCUGCAGCAGGAGGCUGGAGCACCAUCUGGUGGUAGAGGUAAGAGGAAACCAGUGCUGUCUCUCUUCAACCACGAGCAGCCCACGGCCCAGGAACACAGCCCGCCCAAGCCCGGCUCUGCCAGGGAGAUAUCGCCACGGCGUUUCUCCUUCAGCCCCUCGGCCACCAGCCCGAGGACCACCUCGCCUGGGGCCUGGCACAUCCCCCGAAGCCCGCUCAGCCCCUUGGACACUGAGACUUUCAACUGGCCCGAUGUCCGAGAGCUCUGCUCCAAAUACGCCUCCCAGGACGAGGCGCUCCAGGCCAAGGGCAGCCGGCCGCGCAACCUGCCCGUCAACCGGAGCCACUCGCUGCCGGAGAACAUGAUGCAGCCGCAGCCGCCCCUGUCGGGGAAGGUGGGCCGCUGCUGCAGCCUGAACGCCAGGAGGGCCCCGGCAGGCCCAGGGGUCGCCCAGCCUCAGCCUCUGGCGGGGCCACCCCCAAGCGCGCCGGACGGAGGGGAGGCCCUGUACGUCACCGCAGACCUCACACUGGAGGACAACCGGCGGAUGGUUGUCAUGGAGAAGGGACCUCUGUCCGGCCCCAGCGCGGGACUGGAGGCAGCCAGCGAGCGGGGACCGAGCUCACCAGCAGCCCAGGCGGGGCAGGGCCUGGAGUUCCAGGAGUGUGCAGAGUAUCGGCCUAAAGAAGAGGGUCCCAGGGACCCGGCAGACCCAAGCCAGCAGGGCAGAGUGAGGAGCCUGCGGGAGAAAUUCCAGGCCUUGAACUCCACAGGUUGACACUGAGUCCUGGGGGAGGGAGCCGCUGUGCCGAGGGACGGGGAGGAACGGUGGCAUCCUCGUUCACAGCCUGGGCUCACCCUGCUCACCCGAGCCCCGCCCGGGGCCCUCAGAAAGGCCGCCCCUGGGAGAGCGCCCUGGGGCACCGGGCAAGGGCCUUCACCUGCCGUGGGCGCGCCAGUGACUUGCGAGCCCCUUUGCCCUCCGAGGCCGGUGUGGCCGCUUCCCUUGUAUAUAUAGUUCUUCUCUAGUAAGAGGCCAAAUAGUUAAGCUCAUCUCUUCCCAGGGAGAGCGAGCCCUGCUCAGGCCUCCAGUGUCGCCUGGCCGCUGCCAGACUGAGGGCCCACCCAGGGGACACACAGGAGGGUGGCCUGGGGAGGCUUUGCUCUUUAACUGUGCCUUUUCUUAGGAUCCGGGCAGGAACGAGGCCCAUAAUUUAUUGCUUUCUACCCUGUGGUAUGUUGGUGUGCUCGCGCGCGUGUGUGUGAGUGUGCUGUUGUUGAUUUCCCUCCUGGGAGGAAUGUCGUGGACUCUGUUCAGGUACUUUUGUGGGUUGUCUUGCUGGCCCCGUGGUUGUCACUAAUGUACACAUGUUUCGUUAUUUGCCAAUGGUGUAAUAACCACUGCUGACCAACCAA